AUGCAUGGAAAAUGUGGUGCUACCUACGAAAGUGGUUCUUUACGUCGUUAUCAUCUUGGUCGAACAGAAACUAUUCGUUCAUGUACGUUAGAAGCCCAAUUAUUUGCUCGUGCAAUGUCUGAACAACAUAAUGAAACAGCAAAUAAUACGAAAUAUGAUCUGUUUCUUAAUGCUAUGAAAGCACAUCGGCAAUAUACAAAUGAUGCAAUCAAUGCUAAAGGUAUCGAUCGACAUUUAUUAGGAUUACGAUUAAUUGCAAUGGAAAAUAAUUUACCAAAACCUGCUUUAUAUAAUCAUAUUAGUUAUAAACGUGCAAUGCAUUUUAAUCUUUCAACAAGUCAAGUUGCUGCAAAACAUGAUUGUGUAAUGGUUUAUGGUGCAGCUGUUGAUGAUGGAUAUGGUUGUUGUUAUAAUCCACGUCGGGAUUCAAUAAAUUAUAUGAUAACAGCUUUUAAAAUAAAUAAUGGACGGACAAAUGUCAAAGAACUAUCAAAUGAGCUUGAUCGUAGUCUUGCAGAUAUUCGAAAAUUAAUUGAACUGAAUACAACUAAGACAAUGAAAUCUAAAUUAUAG